AUGGCAUCUGCCUUUUCGGCUCCCUCUGCAGCCGCUCAAGCGACGGCGAUGGAGGAUGUGAUUCGCAAGUACUUUGACGGUGUCAACAAGAAGGAUCCCGAACAAAUCAAGAGCUGUUUUGGAGACAAGGCGACCAUUCGAGAUGUCUGUGGCAUUAAUGAUUCCAAACGAGAUGUCGUGGCCCAAGACUUGGCCGAUCGCUGUAUGGAAUUCUUGACGGCACAUCCCGAUACCAAGGUCAAUUUUCAUUAUGGACCCGAGUGUGGAAGAAAUUCCCGAUGGGUGGUGGCGCAUUGGUAUGAAACUGGAACAUGGAGUGGAGAAUCCUGUGGAUUGCCACCUAAAAAUGAACCCAUGCAAGUGGAGGGACAAACACGCUUUUAUGUCAAUGAAGACUUGAAAAUUGUGGACAUGGUCGUCACGAGAACCUUUACCAAUUGGGAAAAUGCCAUGCUCCAAAAACGAGCUCAAGAAGAACAACAAUAA